ACGCUGACGACGCGCGAAGGGCACAGAUCUAAGGGCUGGGAGGACAUUCGGCCUCUGUGCGCCGCAUCCUUCCCCAGCGAGCGGUCGCGUGUUCGCCAUCUUAGGGAAUGUUCUCGUCCGUGGCGCACCUGGCGCGGGCGAACCCUUUCCACGCGCCGCACCUGCAGCUGGUGCACGAUGGGCCCCCGGGCGCGCCCCGCCGCUCCCGCAGCCUGGCCGCCGCGGCCGUGGAAGAGUACAGUUGUGAAUAUGGCUCCAUGAAGUUUUAUGCACUGUGUGGCUUUGGUGGGGUCUUAAGUUGUGGGCUGACACACACUGCUGUCGUUCCCCUGGAUUUAGUGAAAUGCCGAAUGCAGGUGGACCCUCAGAAGUAUAAGGGCAUAUUUAAUGGAUUCUCGGUGACACUCAAAGAGGAUGGUGUCCGUGGUCUGGCUAAAGGCUGGGCCCCGACUUUCAUUGGCUACUCCAUGCAGGGGCUCUGCAAGUUUGGCUUUUAUGAAGUCUUCAAAGUCCUGUACAGCAACAUGCUUGGAGAGGAGAAUUCCUAUCUGUGGCGCACGUCGCUGUAUUUGGCCGCCUCUGCCAGUGCUGAAUUCUUUGCUGACAUUGCCCUGGCUCCUAUGGAAGCUGCCAAGGUCCGAAUUCAAACCCAACCAGGUUAUGCCAACACUUUGAGGGAUGCAGCUCCCAAAAUGUAUAAGGAGGAAGGCCUGAAAGCGUUCUACAAAGGCGUUGCUCCGCUCUGGAUGAGGCAGAUCCCCUACACCAUGAUGAAGUUUGCCUGCUUUGAACGCACUGUGGAAGCCUUGUACAAGUUUGUGGUUCCUAAGCCCCGAAGUGAAUGUACAAAGGCAGAACAGCUGGUUGUAACAUUUGUUGCAGGUUACAUAGCUGGCGUCUUCUGUGCGAUUGUGUCUCACCCUGCCGACUCCGUGGUGUCUGUGUUGAAUAAGGAGAAGGGGAGCAGUGCUUCUCAGGUUCUCCAGAGGCUCGGCUUCAGAGGUGUGUGGAAGGGACUCUUUGCCCGCAUCAUCAUGAUUGGGACUCUGACUGCCCUGCAGUGGUUCAUCUACGACUCGGUGAAGGUCUACUUCAGGCUGCCUCGCCCCCCGCCCCCCGAGAUGCCAGAGUCUCUGAAGAAGAAGCUUGGGUUAACGCAGUAGACAGAUCAAAGCACAUGUGGACUGAAUCUGCUUGUUGAUCAGUGUUGAAAGUGCAAAAGGAAGAACUUUUAUAUAUUGACAGUGUAGAAAAUUGUCUAUUCCUGAUAUAAUUACUGUAGUACCCUUGCUUAAGGCAAGAGUUUCAAACUUACUAUUAAAAUAAACCUGUCUGUUCAUGA